AUGCCUGGGGUAGAAAUUGAUCGAUCUACCUUAUGGAAGAAAGCUAGACAAGACAAAGAUGGUAACAUCCCUGAUCCAAAGGUGGCAGAGAAAGCAAAAUUAAUUGAUGAAUUGCAAAAACAAGUGGCUGAAGGCAGUCUUAGUGUAUCUGGCAGUAAUGAUGUGUUGACCUUGGCUUUGGGUCCCGAGCAUCCAGGGAGAGUAAGAGGGGUAGGUGCUGGGAUUUCCCCUAGGCAAUACUUCAAUUUACCUAGACAACAGAGGGUAAAGUUUGCCGAUCAAUUGAAGGAAAGUGUAAGAAUUGUCUUUCAAGAAGAGACUAAGAAGAUGGAAGCUAGAUCAAGGGAAGAGACUUUAAGGAUGGAGGCUAGAACCAAGCAAUUGGUAGAGGCUGAGAGGGAACAUUUACUGAGUCAGCUUUCCAAACUCAUCCCCAAUUUUGAUCCAAGCUUGCUUAAACCGAAAACUAGCCCCUGUCAAAACCAAGGUCUAGAGCAAAGUCCCAAAAAUCCAAUGUCUGACAAAGCAAGCUGCUCUGGGGAUGUGAGAUCCCUACAUUUUGAGGAUGAUAUUGCCAAAAAUGGGGAAAAGCAGGAAGAAAUGGUGGAGGUGCCAUCUUCCUUACAAUCCCUUUGUCGUUAUGUGGAAACCACACUAAAGCCUCAGGAGAAGAUCAUGACCUUUACAAUUGGGAAGGAGGUGUUUGGUGCAAAUCGCAGUACCUUCGUCUUGCCUGAAGAUAUUGCACACUGUCAUUGGGUCUUGCUGAUUGUGAGAGCAAAGAAGGAAAUCGUCUAUUUUCUGGAUCCUCUGCCCGGAAAUCGUGUGGUUAAUGAGGAGGCCAAAAACAUGGUGAACAGUGCUAUAAAAAUUUAUAAUUCCCACAUAGGCAGACAAGGCCGUAAAGCACCCAUUUGGAAAACUCUGCCAGACACACCAAAGCAACCCAGCAAUGUCGAAUGCGGGUAUUAUGUCAUGCGCUUCAUGAGAGACAUCAUCAUGGAUCCUUCCCUGGAGUUUGAGAAGAUGUUUGCCAAGGGAAAAGAGCAAGCGCCAUACCCCCAAGCAGCCAUUGAUGAAGUUAGGAAUGAAUGGGCAGAGUUUGUUUGCCUUUCAUGUGGACUAGAGGAUUUUUAG